AUGGCCUCGGGCGACCGUACGCCUUCUCACCGUUGCGCGACCCCCGCCCCUAUGGACGUCGAUGAUCAAAAUACUUGUGCGUUGCAAUCACAUGAUUUCAACAGUAACAUGGCGGCACACAUGAUCUUGGGCACCUCGUCUCGGCGACCAUAUGAUCAGAACAGUAACAUGACGGUAGACCCAUCGAGUCCCGGUAGCUCGUCUUCAUCACUACAUCAUCAGAUCAGUACCAUGAAUGCAGACCUGCUGAGUCCAGGUAACUCGUCUUCACGACCACAUGAACAACACAGUGAUGUUGAUGCCGAGUUGUUGAUCCCAGCUCUACGCCAACUCUAUGGAUUCCGACCCAACCCGCCGCCGGCUCCUCGCUCGUCAUAUCGUCCUUUGCUCCAUCCUAAACUAAUUGAUCCUAAGUCCACCACCUUACCUAAUCGAGCACGACGCGACUGGGUACCUCAAGAACUUGUAGCUCUCCUCGCGCAAGGAUAUUCAGGAGAUCUAAGCAAGGGAGCCUCUACAACCGAUGAUGACACCUCCGAGGAUCGGAGUCUUCCGCCCGAACAUAGGUUGUCCCUUCGUAUCGCGCAAUCGCUAACACUGGCACGAAACUACGACCACACGUUUAGCAUCGAGCACCUCUCCACCCGCGAUAUGCUUAUGGUUGAUGCAUUUCUGCGACAUGCAUUUUACACCACCAUGAGAGACUGGGUCGUGGACGAAGCAUAUGUUCCCACGGAAGCUGAAAUGGAAUAUCCUCCAAUAAAGAAGUACUCGAUCUACCUCAUCAUCCAAGCUUACAAGGGCCUUGACGCCGCAACACGGAAACUCAUCGAGUUUAACAACUCACUCUCACAAGCCUCCGAGGAGUUCAAGAACCCGGCAAAACUACUGAAGCUCAACGAAGAACUCACCACGUUCAGCCCGAGUGAAGACAAUAAGGAGCUAGUGGACAUGCUCAGUCACUAUCACGUCUCCAUCGCAUGCAUCAAACUCGUAUGUGUCACGGCGUCAACAGCGACAGCCCAGGGAUACACCAAUCUCAAGCACAUCGGAAACGCGCUGGCCCGCCUGUAUCAUGUCGACCCCACUUCCUCCGCACCGGCCGAAUCCGUCGACAUCCCUACAGCCGAAGAACUCGACGCAUUAUACUCCAAGGUUUCGCAACCCCAGCAAACCCCUCAUCGAGAUACGCCGUCGAUCCGAACGGUUGAGGUCACAGUCGAAGAACCCCCUCGCAAGUCCAGCCGUCAGGCAGACCAGCGUUCCGAACGCUCCGUUCCUGUUACCAUGUUGUGCAGUCCCGCUCCCCAUCAAGUGGACGUCGACGUGAAAGAACAGCAACAGCUCAGGUCGUCUCCACGAAUGUUUCAGUUUUCUGCAAAGGGCAGCAUUACACCAACAACUGCCCUAGUUAGCCUCACCGAUCGCUGCUUGAAGGCCGUCACAGAAGGCCGUUGUCUACGUUGUUUAUACGUUCACACCCCAGGUCAUUGUCAACGCGCCGCCCCUUGUAGAAUCUGCCAUGACGUCAACCAUCAUCCAGCCAUCUGCCCGAGAAGUUCCGACGUGAAAGUUGAUGUCAGCGGAGACAUCGACAUAUUUUUCGACGCGAUGUGGACAAUUUAUCGGAACGUCCACAACAAAAAGCACUGA